AUGGAGUUGUCAAUCGAUGCCUUAAAAGAAAAGUUUAUGAGCAUGAACAGUGAUAUUGAACUUAUAGAAAUGAAGUUGAAGGAUGAAAUGUGUAAAAUGUAUGAAGAUGAUAUAAAUCCACUUUUAAUCUUAAACGAUUUUGAAAAUAUAAAAAAUGAAAUAAAUAAAAUAAAUAAAGAAUUAGACAUAUUGUAUGAACGUAAAAAAAUGAGCAUAAAUUAUAUGCAUAGACAAAUGCAAAAUUAUAAUUUUUUAUUAAAUCUAGAAAAUGAUUUAAAUAUUCCUUCAAAAGAUUUUAACACUUAUCAUAAUUCAGAAAUUAUACUUAAUAACUUUUUUUAUGAUAACAUUAAAAAUUUUUUAUUAAAUAUUAAUUAUGAUGAGAUUAAAGAAUUGAUAGGUUUAGAUUAUCAACAAAAAUGUAUAGAAAAUGCAGGUACUAAUUUUAAUGAUGAAUUAAAUAAUACUAUUGGUAAUGAUAUGUUAAACUCAAAAAAUUUUACAACCGAUUCAGGAAUGUUUAAUAAUAAUGACAUACACAAUACCAAAUCAAAAGACAAUGAAAAAAAAUUAUUAAAUAAUAGUACUUGUGGGGAUGAUAAUAAAAAUCCCAAUGAUAAAGAAGGUGUGUUUACUCCAAUUGACGAUACCACAUUUCAAACAGUUCCUUCAUUAAUUCGAAGAAGAGCUAAACUCGAUGAUAUUAAUUUAAUAUAUAAAGCUUUAUAUGAUAUAGCCAUGAAAAAGGGAAGUUGCCUUCCUGUGGAAAGAUCAGAAUUGACUCAAAUGAACUUGCAAGUUUUUGGCCAAACAGGAGAAGCAAAAAUAGCUACAUUGAGAUAUUUAAAAAUUGUUGAAGUUAUUAACAAAACUGGUUCUGUGAAGUUAUUAAAUUGUGCCGGGUUAAAGAAAAAGAAGAAAAGAAAAAUAUGCCAAUUUAGGUAA